UUAAAAUUCAUUUAGUUUUCCGUUGAAAACCACCUGGGUCGAGGGCGUGUGCUUCUGCUUCCCGUUUCGUCUCGACUUUGGGCAUUCGGCUGUUGCUUCGAUUUAGCGAAGAUCAGAAGAUGUCUCAUCAGACUGGUAUUACAGCGUCUGAUGAUUUAAGGUCAUUUUUUGGAACGGCAAAGGAUGGCACAUGGCGGCUUAUUAAAAUUUGCAUUAAAGAUGAAAUGCUGCAGUUGGAACACAAAGAGAAACCCAAGGGCAGCUUCGAGCAGGAUUAUGAUAAGCUGGUACUGCCAUGUCUGGAGGAGAAAAUGCCCUGUUACAUCUUAUUACGCUUUGAUACAAAAAAUGACAUGGGGUAUGAGUGGUUGUUUAUCGCCUGGUCACCAGAUUUCUCUCAGGUUCGACACAAAAUGUUAUAUGCAGCUACUCGUGCCACACUGAAGACAGAGUUUGGUGGUGGGCAGAUCAAAGAUGAAAUGUUUGGUACAGCAGUGGAAGAUGUCAACUACAGAGGCUACCAGAAGCACCAGCAGGCUAAACAUGCACCGGCACCACUGACCAUGGCAGAAGAGGAGCUGCAAAUGAUCAAACAGAAUGAAGUGAAUGCUCACAUCCACAUAGAUUCCAGGGCACAGACUUUACAAGGAAUUGCCUUCCCUGUGUCUGAGGAAGCUCAGAAUGGGCUCGCCCGCUUUCAGAGCAAACAAUGCAACUAUGUCCAACUUAGUCUGGACCUUGAAAAUGAGGUGGUGAACUUAGAGAAGACAGACAAUAUCAGCAUUGGCAACCUCGCUGCUCAGGUGCCCACUGAGUCAGCACGAUAUCAUCUUUUUCGUUUUCAGCAUACUCAUGAGGGAGAUUACACUGAAAGCAUAGUAUUUGUCUAUUCUAUGCCUGGCUACAAGUGCUCAAUCAAAGAACGAAUGCUGUACUCCAGCUGUAAGUCUCCAUUGAUAGACUACCUCACACAUCAAGGUCUUGAGAUCACAAAAAAGCUAGAGAUAGAUGACCCCAAGGAACUGACAGAAGACUACAUGUAUGAUGAAGUCCAUCCAAAAGUGAAUGUGGCAAAGCAGGCCUUCGCAAAGCCAAAAGGCCCAGCAGGCAGAGGUCCUAAACGACUUACGAAGCAGAAAGAAUAGAUACUUUGUUAUCAGUGGUUAGAGUUAAUUCAUGGGUAUGAAUCCAAUUUAUCCUGUUUUUAUGAGCCUUCUGGUGAUGCUUGAGAAUGGUGUUGACUGUAAAAUUGAUAAGACUUUUAACAUUGAUGGAAAAUUCAUACUGGUGUAACUUCGAAGAGCCAGGAUUGAACCUGAUCCAAAAACAGCCAGAUUUGUACAAAUAGAAAGCUAAACUGGU